UCCGUGCGCGACAAAGCAAGCCUCUCUCCCGGAGAAUCCCAACCCUAACCCUAGAAUUCGAUCCAUCAGAGAGCCGCAUUUCUCUGUGGCAAAUCAAUCGGCCCUUCCAGUGGUUAGAGUUUGAAUCGGUUGGCGUUGAUGCAGAUCUCGGAGAUGUCAACUGGGGUGGCGGAGCAGCGGCUGUUCAGGAACAACCUGAUGGCUUCGAAGGUGCUGCAUCUGCGGAACCUUCCAUGGUUGUGCAGGGAGGAGGAGCUUGUUGAGCUUUGCAGGCCAUUCGGUGAAAUCGUCUACAUCAAGUGCAACUUCGGCGCCAACCGUAACCAGGCCUUCGUUGAAUUUGCUGAGCUAAAUCAGGCUAUUUCAAUGGUGUCAUAUUAUGCAUCCUCAUCUGAGCCCGCGAAUGUUCGUGGCCAAACUGUUUACAUUCAAUAUUCAAAUUGGCAGGAAAUCGGUAAUUAUAAUAAGAGUGCUGGUGGCAUUGCUGGGAAUGUCCUCAUUGUCACUUUGGAGGGUGUUCAACGUUCUGAUGUCAGCAUAGAAGUUAUUCAUGCGAUAGUUGUUGUAACAUAUUCUGCAUGGAUCAGAAGGCCUAUGUUUCCACGGAGAAAAUUCUCGUUAUCAGCGUUCUGCAUUGGAAGAUAUACAACGUCUUAUGGAUAUGUCCAUAAAAUUGCUACAUUUGAAAAAGGUGCUUGUUUUCAGGCAUUAAUCCAGUUCAGCAAUUCAGAUAUUGCCUCUGAAGUGAAGACUGCCUUGAAUGGAAGAUGUAUUCCAAGGUACUUGCUCCCACAGCAUGUUACAUCGUGUCACUUGCGCAUAUCAUAUUCGGCACACACUAAUUUGAACAUCAAAUUCCAAUCAAGCCGUAGCAGGGACUAUACAAACCCUUAUCUUCCCCUGAAGGGCCAUUCUGUAAUUGAGGGAACCUCACAGUCUGCUGUAGGUCCCUAUGGAAACAAAAGGGUGCCAGAGAGUAAUGUGCUUCUUGCAUUUAUUAAAAAUAUGGAAUAUGCAGUGACAAUUGAUGUUAUUCACACUGUUUUCUCGGCAUAUGGUACGGUCCAGAAGAUUGUCAUGUUUGAGAACAACAAUGGAAUGCAUGCUUUGGUUCAGUAUCCGGAUGUGAUAACUGCUGCAACGGCUAAACUGUACCUGGAGGGGCAUUGCAUCUAUGAUGGUGGCUAUUGCAAGCUUCAUUUGUCAUACUCUCGGCACACCAAUCUCACUAUCAUGGUUAACAGUGAUAAAAGCAGAGACUACACAAUUCCAGAGACUAGGGUCGUUGCGGCUCCACCUGCUUUUACCGGAUGGCAGCCCAGUGCUCCAGCUGCACCAGUUUUUGAUGCUGUGCAAAUGCCAGAUUAUGAUCCAAGCAGACUGAUCAUUCCGGCAUCUUCAAGCACAUAUCCAGGCCAAUCUUUGAUGCCGCACUCUGGCCCCGCUUACCCCGCUACCGGAGCUUACUCUUCUGCAUCAGCUGCAUCACUCCAUGCGUCUCGUCUGAUAUCACUGUAUGGCAUGCACCCCGGUGACUCAGGUCCAAGUGGUUCAUCAUCCAGCCAGCCCCAUGUUUAUUAUCAGUAAAACCUCCCAAGCUUCUCAUGCCUCAAUUUUUUUUAUCAUUUGCCUAAAAGUUGCUCUGGUGGUCCAAAUAUAUUUCAUUUGUUUUUUUUUUAUCAGAAUGUAAUAUAUGUUGGUGGUCUUUGGUUGUUGGGGGAGGAUUCAAAACAAGCAGACAUGUUUACUAACUAGCUCAGUUGCCAUUGA